UGUCACGUGACUGUCAUGGAAGCCUUUGCGCUAACGUAGAUUAGAAGUGGGACAACAAUCGAAUUUUGGUGCUAUUUGCAGUUUCUUCGUGUGCCAGUGUUGCUGAUAAAUCUGCAACGAUGGGUAGACGGUCAAUUAACACCACCAAGAGUGGGAAAUAUAUGAAUCCUACGGAUCAAUUCAGAAAGGAGGCAAGAAAGAGAGAACUGAAGAAGAACAAGAAGCAGCGUAUGCUGGUGCGACAGGCUGUGCUCAAAGGGAAAGAUCCAAUGAAGCUGCUGGAAGAAAUGGAACAGAUUGAUUCGAUGGAGUACAAUCCCAUUGAGGCUCCUAAGCUGAAUGAGAAAGUAUUGAAAGACAAGAGAAAGAAACUCAAGGAGACAUUUCAGCGAGUCCUCAGACUUUAUGACAAGGAGAACCCUGAGUAUGCUGUGGAGCUGAAGAAGGCUGAGUUUGAGUAUGACAAGAAAAGACUGCAGAUGCAGCUUUACUUUGAGCAAGUGAAGAAUGCAGAGAGAGUGCAGCUUGAUCAGAUCCCCCUGCCCGAUAUGCCCGUGGAGACACCCAUCCCCUCCAUGAUCCCACUCCCCAAUGAAAUGCCCCUCCCUUUCCCGGACCGACCUCCAAUCGGGAUCCUGAAGAAGACCUCCGCAUACACUGGCAUUCAGGAGGAGUACUUUGCCAGGAAGAGGAAGAACAUCCCUGGUCCCCCUCCUGGUCCCCCACCGGAGCUGAGUGACAGUGAAGAUGAGGAAUAUGACCCAGCUAAAGGGAUAGAGGAGAACAUCGGGACGGUGGAUGUGGAUAUGGAACAUAUUCACGCCCAUGCCCAUGAGAUGCUGGAGGAGGUGGGUAUUCCGAUGCCGGGACAAGUGGCACCCCCCGGGGACGUGAUACCGGCUGGAGUAACAGCCACAGCUCCACCAGACUUCAGAACCAGGGAAGAACCACCAGCUAAACUUCGUAGAAUCCGGUUUGAGGAUGACGACACAAAAGACCUCAAUGAAGUUGAGAAAGACACCAGACUGCGACUGUCCUCCAAGUCUAAAUCUAAGGUGUCGCCGCUUCAGGCCCGGAUGUUGAUGAUGGCAGGGCAGGAGGUGCCAGAGGACGAGGGGCACAUGGACCAGGCUGAGAAGGAGGACAGUGAGGACGAGGAAAAUGAAGAUGAUCUGCCCAUGCCUCAGAAGCAGCCAAUUCGAUAUGACCCAAAUGAAGAGAUGAAGGCACCAGGCACCCAGGAUGAGCCAGUAGACCCCCCUGGUAUACCUGUGCCUCCUCCGAAGAUCCCACCUGGCCCCCCAGCUCAUACAGCACCUGGUGCCCCUCCUGGUGCCCCUCCUGGUGCCCCCCCUGGAGCUCCACCUGGUGCUCCGCCUGGUGUGCCCCCAGGCGUUCCUCCUGGACCACCUCCCGGGGCUCCACCCAUGUUCAUGCGUCCCCCACCACUGCGAGGAGCACCCCCUGGGGCCCCACCCCGGAUGUUACCUCCAGGACCCCCACCUGGCAGACCUCAGGGUCUACCCCCAGGCCCUCCUCCAGGCCUGCCACCAAGUCUACGAGGUGUAGGGCCACGCCUUCAUCCAGGUCAUCCAGGUGUAGGCCCCCCACGGAUGAUGCGGCCUCCUGGAGCACCGCCUGGCAUCCCCCCUCCUGGUAUCCCCCUUCCCCCAGGGAUGGCGCCCCCAAUGAACCCCAAUGUUCUAAGUGCCCCACCAAGCAUCAUGAAACCCCCUCUCAAGUCUGCAGACGAGGAGAAGAAGAACACAGCCACCAUCGAGGCCAAACCACAGAUAAAGAAUGUUCUGGGGGAUGUUACAAGGUUCAUGCCCACGGCACUCAAGGUCAAGAGAGGGAUCAAGGAUGUCAAGGGGAGAAUCAAAACAACUGGCAAGGAGGAAGAGAAGCGAUCUACCGGCACAUCCUCUGUACCGACACCUGUGGCCGCAGCACAAACCAAAACCAAGGACGAUGCUUAUGAUCAGUUCAUGAAGGAGAUGGAGGACUUGUUCUGAGGGACAGAAUCUGCCCUGAAUAUCCUGAACCAACCAAUGUGACUGUGUGUGCUUAUGCAUUUAAACAGGAGUGUGAGAAAGUGACUCUGUUCACCAGGAACACCAGUGUGUCAGAAGCACAUGCUCAACAUGACUAGAGGACAGAUAUGGAACUGUUGCUACACUUGCAGUUUUCAAGACAUCUUCAUGUUGUAUGUGUUCACAAAGAUCGAUUCCCUGCCGCUGUAGUAGUAGUGCAUGAAGGAGGUGUUGCCAUGCCAUCAUUACAGUGGCGCUUCAUGUAUCACUUGUUGAAACUGAUGUCAAAGAGAUAUCUGAUAGUUGGACUUUCACAAACACUAUGAAUUAUCCAACUUUGAAGUAUCAGCUCUUACACAACCAGGAAGGGAAGAUCUUGGUGUAUUAUGAGACUUCGUUAUAUAGCUUGGUCAGUAAGGAUUAAAUAAUCCUUCUCAAACUACGACCAGACAACUUGAUAAGAGAUAGGAUAGGUUCAUUUUGGUUAAAUCAUAGUGAAGAGCUAUGUGUAAAAUGACUGGUUACUUGCAUAAGAGAGGCUAUUGUGGUGUUUUAUUCUUGUAUGCCUAUGCUUGCUUGUAUCUGCACAACAUACAACAUGAUACAAUACAUCCAUAUGUGCCAAGUACAACACUGACAAAAGUUAUUCUAUGAAAUAGCUAUACACAUGUGUGUAUUUAGAUUUCAUGUGAAAAAGUUUUUAAAUAUAAUCUUUUCAACAGGGGAACGUCAGUUAUAAUCACCUAAAUUUGUCAUGUCUGUAUUUCUAUCCUCUAGGUAAUAAUAAACAGGUAUCGGAUUAAAUAGACAUCACACAUCAGCAUAGGGAAGGAACCAGGCUUCCAUCCUGGCUGAUUCAUUGAUCUUCAUGUUCAUUGCGAUGUCAUAUUGACAUGUAUGGAUUUUACCUCCUGUCAUCCUGCACGACUCCAUUGUUGUAACAUAGCUCAUUGAUCCUGUACAUACCAUUGUAAAGAUAUGGAAUAAAUCAUUUACAUUC